UUUUUUUUUUGACAAAUGUUGAUAUUUUCCAAGCCGAGCCUCUCCACCCGUUCGCCUGCUUACAGUCUCUCAAUCAUUCUCGCCCAUCCUCUCCCGCACUCUCUCGCUCUCUCUCUCUCUCUCUCUCUCUCUGCACCCCCCACCCCCGCCUCAUCCCUCUCUCUCUCCAUCUCUCUCCCAGUCUGGCUGAGACUGAUGUAGGUCAGUGCGUCUGGAGCCUGUCUGGAGCUGCAGAGAGCCUCCGAGCUCCACGCCUGGUCCCCGUCGACCUCUGCAGCGGCUGCCGCCGUGCCCGAGCUGAGGACAGCGCUCCCUGGGCUACUUAAGGACACAACCAGCCGCCUGACCUGACCUGCCUGGAGGAGGAUGUGCCUGCAACAGAGGAGGGAGGAGGGGGAAGGAGUAAAAAAGGGUGUGGGGUGAUAUGAGGUGUCUGUGUAUCAUCGAAAGCUUACUCAGCGUAUAUGUCGUUUGCAUGUGGGUCUAAACGUAGAUGUACAUGUAGACAGGGAGAGGCGGAGCGGAGGGUACAAAUGGAGAUGGAGGGGAAAUAGGCGUUGCAGUCGUCUAUCUGUCCUCGGCGAUAUGCAGCACAACAGAGAGUUUUUUUUUGGGGGGGGGAACAUUGUCAUGCAAUGUCGCCCUCGCGUUGCUCUCCAUACUCUGUGUGCCUCUAUCUGCACUCGCCAGCUAACUUCAUCAUGAUGCUUUUCUGUCUCUUUCCCCAGACCCGAUUCUUCCGUGGCUGCAGCCAUCGACGUCUCUGCGAAGACCACGGCGACCCGUAAAACUCCAAACUCUGUGGGCGACUUCCUUCCAAAAGAGCAGGCAUAAAUAAACUGUGAUGCAUUUCUUCUUUUGCAGUAUAUCCAUUCAUGUGCUGCUGCAAACAGAUCCAGGUCUGAGAGACGUCCUCUCCCCCGGACUGCUGAGUAUCGAACGUGUCCGUCCUCCACUCUUCGUACGUCGAGCGCCCUUUUGAUGGACACCGACGAGUGCGACGAAGGCGACUUUUGCGAAAGAGCGAAAAAGCUCUGUCGACGACUCCUGUAUCUCCUGAUUCUUCUCUCCUUUCCUUUCCCCUCUCCUUCUCCUCUGCUCUCAUUCUCCGCUCCUUCUCACUCCUCUGGCUUUUAGACAAUGCCCCGAAAACACGAUCGUUGUAUCAGAGACUCUGAGUGUAGUAGAGUGCAGCUGUGAGAGUGGCUGAGUGUGUGUGAGCAAGUGUGUGUACGUCUGUGAGUGAUUUUGGCGUGUGUGUGUGUGAGUGUGAGAGUGUGUGUCUACGCUCUCGAUUUGACUCGGCAGCACGUCUGGGUCUUGCAGCGCUACACUGGUACUUAGCUGGCUCUGUCUCGCCAGGAGUUUGUGUGUUUAUGCAUUUGUGUGUCUGCAUUGCCUUGACACAGCAAUCAUCUGGUCUGCCUCGUCAUCGCUAUCGAGGGCACGGGAUGUUGAGAGUUCCCAGGGCGUGGCGUCGCCCGGCCUGGCCAAACCUCCGUCUUGCGUUCAUUCAUUCAUCCCUUUCCUUUCAUCUGACUCCCAUCGUUUUUUUUUUUUCCCCACCUUGACCGAAUCCUCUGGAUUACAUCAGCGAUGGAGGGGAAAGCGAAUGAGCAAGCGAGGACUCCCAAAUCACUCUUUCUCUUCUUAGUAACACGUUUUUUUUAUUUUUUUAUUUGCCAUUUCCUUUUUCUGUCCUGCUUCGCAGUCACUCUUUAUUACGCCUCUGGUUUGUUCAUGUUGCGCUGUCAAGUACGCUCUAUUUUUUUUGUCUUUGCAUCCACGUGACGCUCACUCGCUCUUCCUUUGUACCGCUUCCUCUGUUUCUGUGUGUGUCCAGGAUUUUAAAAUGUGAUGGAAGGAAGGACAUUGGGAUCAAAUGGAUGGAAAGAGAAAAGAGAAACUAGAGAAUUGCUUCUCUUGACAACCUUUUCUGUCUCUGCAUGUCUUUUAUAUAGGCUCAAUUAUCAAACGUUAAAAAGGAAGUAGAAGAAGAAGACUUGUGGUCAUCAACAGCGGGUAUUCGGGAGGUACAGCUGUACAAUAUAAUGCAAUCCAAUACACUACAAAUGAAGGCCUCAAAAACUACAAUGGAGGUGAACCAACCGUUCUAAUUUCAGGCGUAUUACAUUGGAUUCCACUAUAUUGUGAGGUGUUCCUGUUAUUUUGUCCACUUACCCAUUUAUCUUAUCCCUCAGUCUAUGUGCUUUUUAGCCCUGAUUGUCAAAAUUGGGGAAGAAACACAGGAGGAUACAAGGUAGUAUGAGGUAUUGUAUGCUGCAUGACUGACUUUGUUGGUGGUGUUGUUUAAGGACUGACAGCUGUAGGUGGGUGAUAUGUUGAAAUGGCCACCUGCGCUGUCUGCCACUUCCACACAUGCACAGAGAAGACAAACUGCCUGUAGAUGAGUCACACUCAGAGAGGAAGGGAGUGUGUGUGUGUGUGUAUGCAAAUCAGUGCUUAGUCUUCAGUUUUUCUGUUUAACUGCGGGGUGGAGGGGACUUCCCACUGCUUUUUCAAACUUUCAAUCUCUGGAAAAGCUCCAAUUCAGUUAGGGCUGGACACACACAUGUAUAUACAUACACACACACACACACACACACACACACACACACACACACACACACACACACACACACACACACACACACACACACACACACACACAAAGGCCUCAUUGUGUCUGGCCCCCGGAUGACGAGCAAGCAGGUCAAAGUGGCACGUCAUUCCUAGGCGGUUGAAAAAGGCAAGUACAUGGUAAUGAGUACCUCUGUUUGACUGCAGACACGCUCACACACACACACACACGCACACUUUCUCAUCAAUACACACUGCCUGCGUCUUCCAUUUCCACCUCUUUGCUGUCUGCUAUCAGACUCUUAAUUUCAUCCCUCGCUUUUACGACACACUGACGACUGUGUUCCCUUUUUUCUUUUCUUUUUCAGCCUUGGUUAUAAUAAACCCAACUCCCUGCAAGGAGGCCCAUGUACACACACGCACACACACACACACGCACGCACACACACACACACACACACACACACACACACACACACACACACACACACACACACAGUCACAUGCUGUAUGCUCAUAUAGCCUGCAGUUUCCCCAGGGUUAGCCUGACACAUCGGGUUAAUGUAUAUGUUUUAUUAAAAAUUGCAUAUUAAACCCAGAGUCAGUCAAAUCUGAAAUAGUAAAGGUUGCUACCUCGCUGCAGCUGUAGUAAAUGGUUAUAAUGUUUUUUUUUUUUUAAAGCCUCUAAAAUGUUAAUUAUGUCCCAAGGUUAGCAACAUGCUAUUUCACAGGUUUCCCACUGUGAUAAUACAAUUCUGGCAAAAAACAAAACAAGGACAACCCUUGUAUUUUAGUGUUGUUUUUAUUCAUAAAAAUAUUCCAAAUCCAACCCAGAAAUAUCAACAGCAGCACAUCAUCCUCACAAAACCCACAACAGUCUUUACUCCAGCUUGCACUGUGCGCGCGCACACACACACACUUUGAAGAAGUCGCUGUAAGAGCCCCAGUCUCCCACAGCAUUCUCUCAUAAUGACACUAUCCCUUUAGGCGUCAACAGAGCUGAGACAAAGCGCCGGUGUAUUUGGGGUAAACACACGGCAGCUCUGAAGAUGACAGAGCGAUAGGCCAGCGGGAUGGGGCCUCGGAGUCCCGGCGCUGCCACAGCCCUACAUCUGCCAGUGACAGAGUGGAAAGCUACCUGACAGCUGCUUCUCACAAAUCAGAUAAGAAUACAGUCAGCCAGUCAGUUCAUUUUAGAUGCAGGAUCAAGGGGAGCCUUCACUACCAGCGGAUGACAUCACCUGCAUGAUUUAAUGAUGGUAGCUCAAAGCAGCCGAUUACAGGAUGGAGAUAAAUGGUGCUGCGCGUGUUAACACACAUAUGCACAUACACAAUGUACACCUCAUCAGCUCCCUUUGGCUCUAGCCUGACAUCUAGCGACACAGGAUGUAAUGUGAUCCUACAUGACAUGGACAUGUUAACAUAAUGGGGCUGUGAAGGAGGAGGAAUCUGUGCACUGUAGAGCAGGGAGCUGCUGUGGAGUGACUUUGUUAUUUCUGUGUGGCCCUGAUACACAACACACACUUUCAUAAUAUUACCCAUAAUUAUUAGGUGUUCAGGUUUCUGGUUUGCCGUAAUGCACUAGAGUGUAAAGAAAAAUCAUCACCUCACUUGCAUCAUGCUUCCUGCUGUGAUGUAAGGAUGUAAGCUGGUGUUGUAAUAAUUUGUAAAUAACAGGUUGGAUGAGCUCUGUUUGGGAGGGUUUACUGUCCGCUGCAUACUGUAUUCCUGCUCACCACACCACACCGCGGGCUGACUAACACAUGUGGCUGCAUUUGUGUUUUCUCAGCAUUUCCUUGUCCCCCUAUUAUGCAUAAUCUAAAUUUAGUCAAUACUCAUCCACAUGAAAGUAAUGCUGUUCUAAGUAUAUCCUUGCAAGCUUCCCCUUGCACCAGGGGAAAGGACACUGUUCCUUUGAGACACACACACACACACACACACACACACACACACACACACACACACACACACCCCAAGUUCGUCUUUCCUCCAGUGGAGUCUAACAGGAAUGAGGUCAGACACACCGAUCCUCAUUGCACAUUAUUAUUAUUAUUACCCGUUUUUUUUAUUCAGCCAAUGGGAGGCCAGGGGGAGCGGCUUGACUCCAAAAUCAGGAUGGAGACACACGCUGAUUGGCUUUUAUAUCUCGCGAUGCGGGUAUAAAGCGGCGAGGUUCUCGUUGUUGUGUUUACAGUAAUAUUACAGAGCGCUCAGGAAACAGGGAGACUAUGAGAAAGCGCAGCUGCUCCAUUCAACCACAUGGUUCCUCAACCGCACAGACAAGCUGCGCUGCAGACAGCCAGGUUCACAUAAGGGACUUGCACUACUGUUGCCCACAGCGGCUCGUUCCGAGGCUUGCAGGGCGCGUUUUCAGCCGCACAGGCAGCUGAAAGUUGCUGUUAAAUAGUUUCGGGAUUUAUUCUUUUUUGAGAGACCAGGCGUGUCCAAAACGGGCUGAACUGAAAAGAAGAGACUUGGGUGAACUUUUUAGACCAGUAUUCAUCAGCGGUCUGGUUUUUAAGCGCCUGAAAUAAGAGCAAGUGAGGAAUUAUUUUUUUUUGGUUGUGAAUAGGCAUUUCUGCGCUCUUGAACUUUGUCAACGCACUGAACAGUGUUUCCAGACACUCGGAGGACAGGAUGGUGCAGCACAUGAGCCAGACGGAGAGCGCCCACGCUCACUCUCCCGGCGGAGACUCCACGGACACGGGAGAAAUGGACUUGGAGAUGGAUGUGUCUCCGACCCCCGAGUCCCCUUCCUCCGGGGAGCGGAGCGACUUGGCGUGGUGCAAAACUCCAACUGGGCACAUCAAGAGACCCAUGAACGCGUUCAUGGUCUGGUCGCAGAUCGAGAGGAGGAAGAUUAUGGAGCAGUCACCGGACAUGCACAACGCGGAGAUCUCCAAGCGGCUGGGGAAGCGUUGGAAGCUGCUGAAAGACACAGACAAGAUCCCGUUCAUCCGCGAGGCGGAGCGGCUCAGACUUAAACACAUGGCCGACUACCCAGACUACAAGUACCGGCCCAGGAAGAAGGCCAAGUCGGGAAGCGGAGCGAGUAAGCAGGCGGACCGCGGGGAGAAGAGCGGGGAGCGCAGCGCCAAAGUCGGUGUGAAAAGAAGCCCCGCGUCCAAAGGAGUGAGCAGGACGCACAAACAGGGGGGCACGAAGAGCGCUCCGGGGCAGGACUACGCCUCUCCCGGUGACCACCAGGCGCUCUUCAAAUCCAGGUCAGUGUCUGGGGCAAGACAGAUCCCGGAAAAACGCACCGGAGAGGCGAGGCGCGGCCACAUGUUCGGCGGGGCGGGCAGCCUGGAGAGCGGGCCUCCCUCCGUGGGAGUCCCGGCCAGUCCCACCCUGAGCAGCUCGGCGGAGUCCAGCGACCCGCUCAGCCUGUACGAGGAGCAGAGCCCGGCGGGCAGCGAGUCCUCGCACACCGCGCGCCUCAGGUACGCGCGCGCCUCCUCUCCAACACCUUCAGCCUCUCACUCUUCCUCCUCCGUGUCAUCCUCAUCAUCAGAUGAAGAGUUUGAAGACGAGCGGCUCGAGCUGAACCCGAGCCCCGGGUUUGAGAGCAUGUCCCUGGGCGGCAUGGGCUUUUCCGACGCGGAGCUGGACCGGGACUUGGACUGGAGCUUCGGGGAGUGCGGGGCGGGAUCUCACUUCGACUUCCCCGACUACUGCACCCCGGAGGUCAGCGAGAUGAUCUCAGGAGACUGGCUGGAAUCCACCAUCUCCAACCUGGUGUUCACCUACUGAGAAGGACCACGGUGGAGAGGAGCCGCGACGUCCCCUCACGUUUUGAACUCUUUAGCCCCCCCAACCACCCCGAGAGAGGCGCGUGCCUCCAGACCAGAAUAUUUCCGCCAUUAUUUCACUAAAUAAGGGAGAGUGAAAACAGGAAAGAAAAGGUGGCCUGUGUGCGCGUUGAAGCCCAGGUACGCGCCGCUCACAGACUUGGACAGCGCUCAGUGCGCUUGACGGGAACGCGCAGACGGGGGAAAUGCUUAGUUUGCAUUUGGACACAGAGGAGGAGUGAAUGUAAGCAGAGAGCAGUGAAACACACGGACUUCAGCUCAAAUGUUCAAACCGAUCCGCAGAGGAUGAGGACUGAGACCGAACUUUGAAUCUUAAUGUUAUUUUGGGUCGGGAAAAAGGGACAUUUACUGGACAGCUCGUCAUGUUGGGUUUUGUUAAAGAUAUAGCCAAUUCACAUUGACCAUCAAGUUGCUAUUCAGGUGUAUUUUUUUUUCUUUCUUCCCAAACUCAAAAUUAGUUUCAAUAUCAACACGCAUGCCCUCCGAGAUAAGGAGGAUUUUGUUGUUGUUAAAUGCGUACAAAUGUUCAUUGCUGCGUAAUUACGCAAUUUUGUGUGACCAUAGGACAAUUCACUAUCACCAGCUUCUCUUUCAACGGCAGGACGUACAACAAAGACUGACUCAAAACUUCAGAAGCCCUUUUCUGAACCUUUUUAAACACUCAGUGCACAAUUCAGGACCAAUGUUCCCCAAUGCGCAUCCUUUUUCUGCCUAGUGCUUCAACUUUGUAGUUCCUCUGUGUCAGAUGACGUUUUUUAUAUUGAUGUAUUUAUACCGGCCAAACUUUUUUAUACAUAGAAGUAUUGUUCUCGUACAGGUCUCGUUUGUGUUUGUGCACAUACACCUGUCUGUAUCCAGCGUGGAAGGGCUAGAAGUGUAUCUUAUUUAAAAUGUCUGACUUCUCUCACUUUUAAGGAGAUUUUGAGUGUGUCAUGAUUUUCUACUUGUAUUUUUGUACAAAAUCUAUAGAAAAAGGGGGUUUCCAGCGAGUGGGUAGCCUACAACAUUGUUGUUUGGAUCUACAUUGGUGUUUAGCAGUGCAGAGGGGAGUUUGUUUGGCACAAUCUGACCUCACACAGUGUUUACAGUAUUUACCCACAUGCUUCUUAAUGGCACAGUGACUCCAGUUUCACCAGCCAAGUAAACAAAGCACCACUGAGGCUCCCAGUCUGAGUGGUGACUGUUUCCAGUACGCAUAGACCUGAAGUAUAUGAGUGAAAGAUCCCAGAGAGUCACUGUUUGGAUAGAGCUAAUACCUCUGUGUGCUUUUUAUUAUCAAGAUAAGUUUUAUUUGAACCACUGGAUGGAAUUUCACACUCAUUCCACUUUGCCUAGACUUUGGAGGGAGGGAGAUGUAUGAAGUGCUUCAUCUGUUUUUGCGCAAAUUGCAUCAAAAAAUAGUAUUUAACCUUUCUGUACCUGUUGGCUAAGUAUAGCAGGCUAAUUGUUUUCCUAUAUUAUGGCAUGGCAAAUAGCAUUUGUAUUUCAGAUUCAGGUAUAUGUAGCUAUAGCUGUUGUGUUUAAGAUUUUUAAAAGAAUAAUAACAUGAAGAUAUUUAUGUAAACUGACUGUACAAUAAGCAAAGAUUGUGUGUUUUAUGUAUGAUGAUGAUCAACGACAGGCACUCGGACAGCCAUCUUUGGACAUCCUUAUGUUAAAAGAUGAUUGUGGUCCAGGAGUUUCAUAUUUGUUUUUUUUUUAUACCUUUGAGACAUCUUUUCUAUCGUCCUUUUUCUUUUUUCAUUUGUGCAAUAUGCUGUGUAUGAUCAUGUUUUGUCCAAUCAUGCCAAUAUCAUUUGAUGUUUAUAGCUCAAAAACCAGCCAAUGUUUGGGUCAAUCACUGCCUCUCAGACCUCUGUACAGAUUGUCGGUUCUUUUUUUUAAUUUGUUUUUCUUUUCUUCCAAGAAGGAAAUAAAAUCAGCUGGAACUGAAAAGUA